ACCAUUGACGAUAACCACCUUGGGGACGGGGUAUCUGGUGAUUUGAGCUUCCUUUGCUCAUUAACCAAUAGCACUAGCUUAACCAUCUUUAGUAUGUUAGAUAACAGACUUGGGGGCCUAUUGCCAGAAUGCAUUGGUAAUUUAUCCAGAACUGUCACAUUUUUGGGAUUGGGCAUAAAUCCUAUUGUUGGUGAGAUUCCUAGAUCAAUCGGCAAUCUUGUGAACUUGGAGGUCUUGUGGAUGCGAAAAAACAUUCUUUCAGGUGCUAUCCCAUUUGAUAUGGGAAAUCUUCAAAAUCUAACAUAUUUAGCUCUCUCCAAUAAUAAUCUAUCAGGGGUGAUUCCAUCCUCUUUGCAAAAGAUGAACAAAUUGAUUAGAUUAUAUCUUGAUGGGAAUCACUUUCACGGGCAUAUUCCUUUACAUCUAAAUAAGUGUCAUAGUAUGAUGGAGCUCGAUUUUUCUGACAACAAUCUUAGUGGCUCUAUAUUCCCAGUGGUUAAAACUCUCAUCUAUUUGAACUUGUCUCACAACCAUCUGAAUGGGGCCCUUCCUGCUGAAGUUGGACAAAUUGACCAUUUGGUUACUUUGGACAUUUCAGGCAAUAUGAUCGGUGCUGAAAUUCCGAGCACUCUAGGCGAUUGUGUUGGACUAUUUCAAUUAGUAAUGAGGAAUAACCACUUCCAAGGAUCCAUUCCUCAAUCAUUUAGCUCAUUAAGAAGCAUUGAGGAGGUGGAUCUUUCCAAUAACAAUCUUUCAGGUGAGAUUCCGAAGUUCUUAGAGGCACUUCCUUUUUGAAAUAUCUGAAUCUAUCCUAUAACAAUUUUGAAGGCAUGCUACCAAUUGAAGGAGUCUUCAUGAAUGUGAGUGCCACUUUUAUUGUUGGAAACAACAAGAUCUGUGGAGGAAUCCUAGAAUUUCGGCUAUCUAAAUGCGUCUCCAGACACUCAAAGAGCAAAGGAGUAGUUCAUAAAUUGAAACUCUUGCUCUCUAUUAUUUUUGGGCUUAUAGGGGUGGUUCUGGUUCUCAUUUUUGUGUAUGUAUGUUGGCUAAAGAAGAAGAGAGCACAAGAACCAACUUCAAGUUCAAUAGCUGAAAGCUGGCAAAACUUAUCUUAUGGAACUCUUUUCAAAGCAACUAAUGGUUUUUCUUCAGCUAAUUUGAUUGGUGUUGGUAGUUUUGGAUCCGUUUACAGGGGAAUACUGCAGGAGAAUGGGACUAAUGUUGCUGUGAAGGUGCUUAAUUUAACGCACCAUGGUGCUCUCAAGAGCUUCAAAGCCGAGUGUGAGGCCCUAAAUUGUAUCAAACACCGAAAUCUUUUGAAGAUAGUAACGGUAUGCUCAGGUAUUGAUUAUAACGGAAAUGACUUUAAGGCUUUAAUCUAUGAGUUCAUGGUCAAUGGUAGCCUCGAAGAGUGGUUGCACCCAUGUCCAAUACCAGCUGAUGCGGAUGGGCCCUCAAAAUUUUUGAAUCUCAUUCAAAGGAUAAAGAUUACCAUCGACAUUGCUUUUGCAUUGGAAUAUCUUCAUAACCAAUGCCACAACACCAUAGUUCAUUGUGAUCUAAAGCCAAGCAAUGUGCUUUUAGAUGCAGAAAUGGUUGGACAUGUUGGUGACUUUGGAUUGGCAAAGUUCAUCCUUGAAUCCACUUCUUACACGAACACAAAUAUAAGCUCAGCUGGUUUGAGAGGGACAAUUGGUUAUGCUGCUCCAGAAUAUGGAAUGGGAAGUGGGGUUUCUAUUGAAGGGGACGUCUAUAGUUAUGGCAUCCUCUUGCUAGAGAUGUUCACAGGAAUGAAUCCGACAAUUGAGAUAUUCAAAGAAAAUUUCAACCUUCAUAAUUUUGUCGAGAAAGCUUUGCCUAAACGAGUCCUAGAGAUUACCGAUCCCAUUCUAGUUCAAGAAGUAGAGAGAAAUGCAGGCCAAAGCAGAAAGAGUACAAUCCAAAAUUGUUUGCUAAUGAUCUACAAAAUUGGGAUUGCCUGCUCAGUUGGAGUCCCAAGAGAUCGAAUGAGCAUCACAGAUGCAACAGCUCAACUAUGUUCGAUUAGGGACAGACUUUACGCAGCUGGCUUAUGAGGAUAGGAGUUAUACUAAAGCAAUAAACUCAAUUGUCUGAUAAUGCGAAGAUGGAGCCAUGGAAGUAAUAAAAUCAUCAUGCAGAACCAAAGUGGCUUGGAAAAAUAGUGAAGCCAUCCGAUGAACCAAAGUGGCUUCGAACCACUAUGGCAUAUGGGAACCUUUAGUUGACUCGAAUUCAAUGACAAUGUCUUCGUCCUCCGGGAGGUAGGGAGACGUGGCAGAAGGUCUUCAUCUCUGAUGCAAAUGUGGGACAACUGCUUCUCUAAUGUGUUGUGAGGUUGGUGAAUCGAGUUCUGAUGUAGACUAUGAAUAGU